UUGCCAGCCGCCACUCUUCUCCCAUCUCUUGGCUGCCUCCGAGAAACCCCGUCUUCCGGUCUUUUGAUCCCUGUCGCCAUGGAGAACCUGAGUGAACUCCAGAACCCACUGCUGGACAAAAACAGCAAGCACAUGGUCAAUGGUUACGGGGGAGACUUCCCCAACAACCAGUACCAGGAAAACAUUAUCAAUUACUUUGCUGGAGGAGGAGGCGGAGGUGAGGGUGGAGGAGGAAAAGCGAAUAACGGCAGUGUAGUGAGCGGGGGAGGUUACCAUACCAACGGGAAGAUGAAGUCUCAGCAGUUUCUGGAUGCCACCUCGCUCCAUCUGGCAGUGGAGGCCUUCUACCGGCCCAACUUCAUCCUGUACAAGGAGGACAGCGGCAGCAUCAAGGCCAAGGAAUACAAAAGCGAAUGCUGUGAGACCACCUUCACAGAAAAGAAGGGCAAGGAAGUGUCCAGCACGGCCGAAACAUCUGCCACCGAGGAUCCUCAGACCAAGCUGCUGGAGGACGGCGAGCACGUCAAGAUCCAAACUGUCUCCUAUGAGGUGGAGGAGGAGGAGUACGUGGAGUACGAGGUAAGAGAGCAAAUAUUAGAAUUUAGAAAACAGGCGAUAUCAGCACCAGAGACCUACUUCUUUGAUAUUAAGUGUCAAGCUUGA